AUGGACUCCACCCCACUCCUUCCCCAACCCCAACCCCAACCCCAACCCCAACCCCACCCCCUUAAACCCUCUGCCUCCAAACUCCCCAUCAAACGCAAAACCCCUUUUCCCCAACACCCCUCCAAACUUGAACCCCAGCCCCCACCCCAACUCCUUACUUUUGAUGGCUCACCACUCAAACCCAAACCCAAAACCCCACCUUUCAAAUUCCACCGAGUCUGGACCGAGCCUGACGAGAUCAGCUUCCUCCAAGGCCUUCUCCAAUCUCGUUCACUCUCCUUUCCCAAAGACCUUCCCAUUUUUUACUCCAACUUUUCCAACUCCAUCUCCCGAUCUUACACCAAGUCCCAACUCUCCGAAAAGCUUAGACGGCUCCGGAAAAAGUUCCGGGUCAUUUCCUCUAGGCUGGCUCGAGGGCUCAACGCAUCUUCUCUCUCUGCUCAUGAUCUAGCUUUGUUUGAUCUUUCUAAAAGGCUUUGGAGUCCUGAGUUUGCUUCCACUUCCCCUUUUGGUAAUGAUGGGGAAGUGAAGAUUAAUGAGGAUUUUCGUGGUGGAAGAGAUGAGGGGUUUCAUGGCGAGGCAAUUGAUCUGGUCGUGGCGAAAAGUGUGUUGGAGGUGUUUGAUGAGUGUUUCAAAGAGGUAAGGUUGGUUUUCGAGAAGCAAGGUGUGGUUUGGAUGGAUACAAUGGAGAGGAGGUGGAAGGAGCAAAAGGCUUCGGAGUUGGACUUGUUGGGAAGGCGGUUGAGGUUGGUCAUUGAGAAUUCUCUGAGUAGGCGAUGAGUAUUUCUAAAAAUGGUGGAAAUUUGCACAUCAGUUGAGCAAUGUAGAUAAAUUUUCAGGUUGGUUUACUUUUCAAUGUAUUUUUCAUAUUGGAGUUUUAAGUUAAUAAAAAUUUGAUCUUUUACACGGUAUACUUGUGAAGUUGUGAAUGAUAGAUUCUGUUUGUUGAAUGCUUGAAAUGUUAAUUAAGUUUCUGUGAAUUCAAUAGUUAUUGUUAUGAGCAACUUGGGAAUUACUUGUUAAGCGGUAUGAACAGAUUGUUUGAUAGGAACAUCUAAAAGUUUCACUUAAAUAAUUGCAAAUUUGAUGUUUUACUGUGGAGCCCUUUGAACAUUAGAUGUAUUGUGAAUGGAUUCUAGUACACUCAUCAAAGUCUGAUGUUAGGGAAUUGGUGCUAAAAAAGGGAGGGAAUGUAGAGAGUAGAGAGAAAAUUAAGGAGGAACAAAAUCAAUUAAGUUGUGUUUGCUUCAUCUGGCUGGCAACAUCUGUGUUCUCAACUUCAAAAAACCUA